GAAGUACCCGGAUAGUGACGUCAUAUUAACGAGACGACGCUCUAUCUGAGGACAUGACUUGUUAAACAACCCGUGUGGAUUUUAUAAUCGUCCCAUUACUAAACUGACGUAACAUUUUCACCAUGUUUGCUAGUAAACGGAGUUUAUCCAGCGCUGUGGUUUCUGCUCUGCGGGUUCUCCGCACUAAUCAGGUUGUUGUGUCCGGUCAGAGAUGUCUGUCCACACAAACAGAGGGAGAGACCCGCAUCGUUAACGUACUAAAGGAGAAGUUUCCGUUAGCCUCGUCGCUCAAAGUUGUUGACAUAUCAGGUGGUUGCGGAGCCAUGUAUGAGAUCCACAUAGAGUCCUGUGAGUUCAAAGGAAAAAGGACCAUCCAACAACACCAAUUAGUCAAUCAGGCACUCAAGGAAGAAAUUCAAGGAAUGCACGGUCUGCGAAUAUUCACUGAUGUUCCAAAACAAUAGAGAAAGUCCUUCCAUUGUUGACCCAAGACUUUUCCCUUUGUUCACCCUAUCUAUUCUGAAUGUACAGUUUUAAAUAUGAUAUUGCGUAGUAAAUCAAUCCCAUCUCUGACAGUUAUAUAUGAACAGUGGGGAAUGUGUAAUAAAUGUAAGAAGUUCCCACUGUCAAAGUUAUCUUUUUUUUUUUUAACGAGUGGGAUAUCUUCUACUCUGAGAUUGUAUAUAAAACUGGUGAAGGCUACAAUGCGCACAAAAUGACUUUGCAAAAUGCUUGUAAGUCAUGUAGGUUUAUGCCCAGUUUGGGGUCUUCUCAGGGUUGAUAAUGAGGCUGGUAAUAAAUACAACUGUCCUGAACUGGGGUCUGCUACAGAUCCUUGUUCAUGGAGCAAUAUGUAUAUGAAACUGAUCACAAUUAGUGUGACUGUCCCAUGACUGUUGAUCAAUUUUAAAUUGAUUACUUAUCGUAGGAUUGUACAUGGACGAUGUAUUCACUCAACCUAUGCAUUGAUAGUGCACGUCGCAAUAAAAAACAGCUUUCCUCCACACA